GUACAAAAUGGGCAAAAGACAAUUCCAAAGCACUUCCGCUGAUUGAUCAUUAACCUGUUCUCCUUUCUCAAAGUCCACCGCUGCCUCGUAUUUGCUGGACCAGCCAUCCGAGAACUGGAAGGGGGUCAUUCCGUGCUUAUUGAUUGCGUGGAUGCUGGAUGUGAAAAUAUAUUAUGUCUGCCUGUGCUUUGCUCGUCAGAGACUAAGGUCAGCCUCCAAUAGACAGCUGGAAACGGGCUGUCACGUGGCCUUGGGGUGCCAAUGUUCUGCCAUAGGGGUGUCAAGACCCUGGUAGCUGGAAAAAUCCUUUUGGGGCAUCCCAGAGAUGCAGAAGACAACGUACUACGACAGCUCCACGCUCUUUGGGGGUUACUCCUAUGGCAGUGCCAAUGGGUUCGGCUACGAGGGUCCCCAGCAGCCCUUCCAACCAUCCUCUCACGUGGAGAACGACUUCCAGAGGUCUGCCUGCUCCCUCCAGUCUCUUGGCAACACAACCCCGCACGCAAAAAGUAAAGACCUGAACGGGAGCUGCAUGCGUCCAAGUUUGCCCCAGGAGCACCAUCCACCUCCCCCCAUCUCGCCACCCCCCAACCCUGCUACCAACAGCACCAGUAGCAACAGCAAUAACCAGUCAGGGAGUGGUAAAACUGUCCCCAGCAAAGCCAACCUCAGUGCAAACGCCAGUCUCACCAAGCAGAUUUUCCCCUGGAUGAAAGAAUCGAGGCAAAACUCCAAACAGAAAACCAGCUCCCCUAGCACAGCAGAAACCUGCAGUGGUGAGAAAAGCCCCCCAGGCUCCUCGGCCUCCAAAAGAGCUCGCACAGCCUACACCAGUGCUCAGCUGGUGGAGCUGGAGAAGGAAUUCCACUUCAACCGCUACCUGUGCAGGCCCCGCCGCGUGGAGAUGGCCAACCUGCUGAACCUCAGCGAAAGGCAGAUCAAGAUCUGGUUCCAGAACAGGAGGAUGAAGUAUAAGAAAGAUCAGAAGUCAAAAGGCAUGGGGUCUUCCUCUGGGGGGCCUUCCCCCACCGGCAGCCCUCCCCAGCCCAUGCAAUCCUCCGCUGGAUUUAUGAACGCCUUGCACACCAUGAGCAGUAACUAUGAUGCCCCCUCGCCACCUUCCUUCAAUAAACCCCACCAAAAUGCCUAUGCCAUGUCAACUAACUACCAAAACCCCAUCAAAGGCUGCCCCUCUCAACAAAAAUACGCCAACACGGCCCCCGAGUACGACCCCCACGUCCUACAAGGGAACGGAGUGGCCUACGGGACUCCCAACAUGCAGGGAAGCCCCAUCUAUGUUGGAGGUAACUAUGUGGAUUCUAUGCCCACCUCUGGCCCGUCCCUUUAUGGUCUCAAUCACCUGCCCCAUCACCAGGCUGCCAACAUGGACUUCAACGGGCCUCCUCAGAUGCCCCCGAGCCAGCACCACGGACCGUGCGAGACCCACCCCACCUACACAGACCUUUCCACCCACCACGCUUCUUCUCAGGGCAGAAUCCAAGAGGCGCCCAAGCUGACCCACCUGUGAUAGGCAGCAAGCUCAGGUGAAGCAGAUGGGGCCUCACCAUGGGGCAGGGGAGAGGGGAAGAGGGCAGGAUUGGCUUCAGGAACAUUUGUGUUGAGCUCUUUUCUUUCUUUCUUUCUUUGACAGGGCAAUUUCUUCCAGAGCGUUGUGCUUGCUGUUAUUAUUUCUGGGUUUUACUAAGCACACUUUCCAAGCAUUUCAACAUUUACUGCCAAAAGCAGAUGUCUCUCUGAAGAGAUAUACCUCCUGUGUUUCAACACAAAUGCUUCUGAAAUGGGUUUGGGGUGGUUUUGUGAGAACCGAGCAGAUUUUAAGCAGCAACAUCCUUCAUUUCCAAACCAAGUACAGAGCAUCGCUGAUAAUUCUUGGACACUGGAAAGAGGAAAAGUCAGCCAGCCAAGCCUUUACAGUUGGUGUCUCUGCAUCUGAGUGAACAUGCACAUAUGCAAUCAAAAGAGAUUGGCAAGAAAACCACCCCCCUCUCCAGCUCCUUCUCGAGAGGAACCUCACACAUUCCUUUUUGGCCUUCAGAGGAAGGGCGUCCUUUGUGCUGAGUAACUUCCAACCAGUCCCCACCUAAGCUGCAAAUAUACAACCUGCCAAUGUGUGGGAUUCAUGCUCUUCCCCUAUGGUCCCUGCCUCUCCUCAUAAAUAAUAAGAUUAAUAAUAAAAGAAAUCAGAAUAAGAGAGAUCUAAGAAUAGCAAAAGGUUUGGGAAAAAGUUUUUGAAAUGCCUAAAUUCCCCCCAGUAACAAUACCAGCUGUCCAAAGAGAGGAAGAAAGAGUUGACAGGUCUGAAUAUUUUCCCACCUCCACCUCUGAUGACAUGAAAUCUCCAUUUGAUGAUGCCAGGUUUUUUGUUGUUGUUGUUCUGGGGUUUUUUUUGUGUUUUGUUUUUUUUGUUUUGUUUUUUUUUUUUUUUUGGGUUCAUUAACAGAAAAGCAAUCUUAAGACUUAGAAGUCCUACGCUUCUUUCCUCCUCUUCUCUUGACCUUACGUGAAAACAGGGUAUAUUUGAACAAAUGGAAUGUCCUCCAAUCGAAGCAGAAGUGAAUGGAUCUCUAGUAUUUGCUAA